GGCCGCUUGGCUUCUUUCGUUUCGUCCUCUGUGCAUCGUACAUAAGGGAACAGCUGUUAUGUUAUUGCUAAGCCGGAAACAAAGCAUGUGAAUAUUUUUUUGGCACGGCGUCGUUUGGAAAGUGCACUUCCUUGUUCUGACCUUGCCUUUUAUGGGCUGGAGCGAUAUGAUACGUAAUAUGCCACGGCGAAGUCGUCGAAGAUGCGACGGUGCUACGUGCUAGGCUGUUAGAACAAUUCAUCGGAGCAUUCAAGUGUUACCUUUUAUAUGCUGCCAAAAGACCAAGCAGUGCGAAGCUCUUGGCUGACAGUGGUGCCUGCUAAUUUCCACUGCAAGGAUUUCGUCAACGAAUGUUAUCAUAGGUUACGCGCGACUCCAGAGGCAAUUUGGAAUAUCGGCACGAAAUCGUCGGAUGAAAAUCUGAGGUGCCCGACGCACAACAUUUUGAACGUGCCACGGAGGAUCAGGCAAAAAACGAGAGCAAAAAAGGUGCACGCUGAAGGCGGAAAUGAAGCAUGAUCUGGCUUGCAUCUGGUGCAUGAAGAAAUUGCUGGCACGUUAGUUGCAGUCUACCUCCACCAACAGGGUGGAAAACAAAGGACGCCAUUCCGAUUAGCUGCUAUCUCCCAGUUCAAGCACUUUUGCUGUCUGGACACUGGUUCCUGUGGAUGGGCUGUUACAAGCUUCACUGUCUGAUAUAGAAGACUCUCGUUUGGCCCUGAGGAGACGUUCGUGAGACAAAACAGGUCUGAUUGCUUCAGCUUUUGCUUCAUCAAUUUCUUGUUUGAGACGCCAUUUCCUAUCUUUCGGGAGACUCAACUUCCUCCUCUUCACAUUUCUUUCCGAAACAGCCAUGAAAGAGUUUCCGCAUAAUUAUUUUGGGAGUGAGCUCCUGGUCUGGAGAACGAAUGGGAAAAUGAGGAGGUGCGCUCGCUCGAAAGGUAAUAAAUGGGAAAGAUUGGAGAGGAGGUUGUAUGAUAAUGAGGAUGCGCACGUUUAAAAGUUUCUUCCUCACUUGACUGACACACAUUCAAAAAAAAAUGUCCAACGAAAAAGAACUCAGCUCGAGCCCAAUAUACUUUGAAAAUGCUCCAGAGUCGCCGCCGCCAAUAUUAUUUAGCUCGAGUCCGACAUUUUUUCAAAACGCUCCUGAGUCGCCACCGCCGAUAUCUUACACGCCUGUACCAGGGCCAACGCCCGAAUAUCAUUGGAGUCCGCCGCCACAACAUUACUGGGGUCUGCCGCCACAACAUUGUCAGUGUUGUGUCCAACGUGAGCUAUCGUGUGGUAAGCAAUGUGUGGUCGUGAAGGUUUUUCGGCUGGGUUUUUCUCCUUCACCUGAUUGGCAUCACAAUUGGCACAAUUCCCAGCACAAUUGGCUUCAAUAAAUAUAUCUCAACUUGAUGGCAUUACAAUUGGCAUUAGUAAAUAUAUUUUCACUUGUA